AUGGUGAAGGUCGGUGUGAACAGAUUUAGCCAUAUUGAGCACCUAGUUACCAGGGCUGCCUUCUGUUCUGCAUCUGGCAAAGUGGACAUUGUUGUUAUCAAUGACCCUUUCAUUGACCACAACUACAUGGUCUACAUGUUCCAGUAUGACUUUACCCAUGGCAAGUUCAACGGCACAGUCAUGGCUGAGAAUGGGAAGCUUGUCAUCAAUGGGAAGCCCAUCACCAUCUUCCAGGAGCGAGAUCCCGCUAACAUCAAGUGGGGUGACGCUGGUGCUGAGUAUGUCAUAGAGUCUACUGGCGUCUUCACCACCAUGGAGAAGGCUGGGGCUCACUUGAAGGGUGGGGCCAAAAGGGUCAUCAUCUCCGCCCCUUCAGCUGAUGCCCCCAUGUUUGUGAUGGGUGUAAACCAUGAGAAAUAUGACAACUCCUUCAAGAUUGUCAGCAUUGCAUCCUGCACCAUCAACUGCGAACCCCACCCCCACCCCGGCCAAGGUCAUCCAUAA